AUAGUGAUAUUAUCAAAGUAGUUUGUAGGUUAUGUUUUAAAUAAGUUAUAAAAUAAAUUAUUUUAAAUUUUGAAGUAAAGAUUUACACUCUUACUUCAUUAUGAUUUGUAAUAGAGUGCUACAUAGUUACAAAUUCAGUAUAAAGACAUUGCCAUUUGUCACAAUCCCGAUAAGGAAAGCCUCUUCUGAGAUGAUAGCUUUUCAACUUACUGGUGAAUUUGCUGAAAAUUGAAGGUAGUCUGCGGGUGUUUGAGUGGCAGUUACAUGAGUUGCUGUUCCAGGGUUGCCAUUACAGCGAUGAGGAUUUUCUGCUCCAAUAAUGACCAGACUACAAAAGUUGACAAAUACACAAUCAAUCAUGCUGUGGUGGGGAAUGGAAAGCACACAAUUCUUCUACUGCCAGGAGCAAUGGGAACAAUGCAAAGUGACUUUGCCCCACAAUUCAGUGGUCUGGACAAGACCAAGUACACGUUGGUAUCAUGGGAUCCCAUAGGUUAUGGAAAGAGUCGACCUCCUGAACGAGAAUAUAUUCCUGACUUCUAUGUGAAUGAUGCAGAGGUUCUGGCUAAAUUAAUGAAGGAGGAUGUUGACAUCUAUGAGAGCCUAAAGGACAUCAGCAAGUGGACACCACAGUUGAGAAGCAAGCUAGAGGCAGUGUAUGGAGCUGAGUACCUGGAGAGACUAUGGUCCAACUACUGUCAGUACUUCAUAAACUUGCUUAGUUCCCAGAAUGGAGAGGUGUGCCAGAGGUUUCUGCCACAAGUGCUCUGCCCCACUCUGGUGCUGCAUGGUGAGCUGGACCCUUUAGUUCCUGUGUAUCAUGGCAAGUUUGUGGCUGACAACAUUCCUAAUGCAAAGUUCCAUCUAGUGGAGAAGGGAAAACACAACUUCCACAUCAAGUUUGCUGACGUCAUUAACUCGAAGAUAGACCAGUUCCUCUCUGAGAAGUAGGGUAGCCUUGGGCUCAGGUGUGAUAUUCUCAAUUUUUACAAGAUAUCUAAGGUUCAAAUAAAUAUGACUUAGUCAUUAGAAUACAUUCCAUGAAUUAAGAUUAGAUUUGGAACUGAAUUUUAAUGGUUGGUGUAGUAAAUUGUCUGCUUUCUUAAAUACCCAUUUUUCAACGUUUAUUUGAGAACAGUUUAAAACUUUUUUAUAUUUUUUAAAUAUUUAAAACUAUGCUGUUAAAAUAUUAAAAGAGAAGUUAGUGGUUUUUCCAAAUCUAAUCUGAUCAGAUGUAGAUUGUGCAAUUAUAUUUUUGAUAUGUGAAUAUUUAAAAUUACAUUUUUAGUAAAUUCAAUACAUUAAGUAAAUUUUACUUACAUAGUUCAAAACUCCAUAAGAAACCAAUAAAAUAAUUUCGGGUUAGCACUUGUUUAUAAAAUUUAAAUAAAAUGUCCUUGAUGAUUAUUUCGUCAAUGAUUUUAUAUGUACUAGAUCUCAUUUUUUUUAUCGACCAAGAUUGAUAAUAAUAAUGUCAAAUUUUAAUAUGACAGUCUAUACUAAUAUUUUUCAUUUAAGUCAAUAAAACUAUUGCAUCCUCUCCAGUUACUGCCAGUUAUUUUUCAUUCUUUGUUCUGCUAAAUUAGUAACAAGACAAUACCUGGUGGACCAAUGUUGCCUACCGUACAAUCUCUGUUGGUGUUAUGUGGUUACCUCAUGUUAUUUCUUAAUUCAUAGCUUGUAGUCUAACUAUUUUCAUAUUUGUGUUGUUCUAUUUACAUAAUGAAUAAUCAUUGUUUUGUGAUUCCAUUUUACAUUCUUUCGUGAAUGUUGAAAAUCAAAUAUUUCUAGGCAUUAGAUAGUAAGUAAACUUUAUUUAUCUAGUUAAAAGCUUAAUAAGUAAACAGUAACAUAAUUGCAAUCAUGUUCUGUUUAUAAAGUAAACAAUAAUAUGUCCUUGAUUAAUAAUAUGAGAUGGUAGAUAUGUAUUACAAUAUGAAUAUCUUAUAUUUUAACAUUCAUGACAUUUAUAGUUUUAAAGUAAAUCAUUGUCCAACCCCGUAUUAUGUAAAUGGUCAAAAUAGAUGUAUAUAAGUAUAUUAUAUUUAUAUUUUGUAUAUAGGGGACGUCAACCUCAUACAAUAAAUAGAUCUGAUACCAUUAA